GAAAAUUAACUUGCAAGAAGAUACAUUCUGUGUGCAAUCUCACUUCUCUGAGCAGCACCAUUGCCCCUUGCUUGAGGGGAGGAAUGUCUCCUUUGGGGCUGAGGGGAAUACCACAGACCCCUUGGAGAGUUGCCUCCAUCUUGGGAGUCUCUCUGGGAUCUGAGCUGGGCAGACAGCCAUGAGGGUGGGACCUGCCUCAGUGACACCUGUGGUGGGAAGCAGACCUGAUGCUGGCUGCAAUCUGCAAUCAGAGGUCGUUUGUUUUCCUGUAUUGGGAAGAUGCAGGUUACUCUUGCUGUUCGCUUUCCCUCACCCUGCAGCGAUGGCAGCUCUGAGCACUGCAGUCAAGCUCUACAAAGAAGGAGGAAUGUGCAUGCCUCUUUCAGAAGUUCCAUCAGCAGAGCUCUUUCCCAAAGCAAAACAAGGACAGGCGGUGUGGAGUCACAGUGACCUCCGCCGGCCAGCCCUGCCUUGGCGCGGAUCUGACAGCUUUUCCUGGUGCAGGAAGAGUGCUUGCUGUGCCUGCUCUCAUCUCCUGCUUGCACAGAUGGACAACUUGCUGCUCUUGCACUCCUUGCACACACGGCUAGCUGAAGGCACUGAGUGAAUCGACUAUCAAGCUUGUGAGUUAUGGUGCAACAUGACUUGAAGUUCUUAAACUCAUAAGCUUGGUGUGUAAUUCUUCCUGCAGUCCCGAAUGAAGCACUGUGUGUCUUUGGAGCAGAGCAUCACGUGACAUCUCCAUGCUAGCACAGAUUUGUGCUAAUGUCAAACACACGCACUUGCCAGAAGCUAAAUGUAAAUUUCUUCUCGCAAAGGCAGAGCUACGAGCUGCAUAUGACUAUAACAUUCACUCCAAACAUAUUUUAGCUUUAAGAAAGUUGCUUUAAUGGAAAAAAGAAACAUUAAAAAGUUAUACGUUGUACUGUUUUAAUCACAGCUUUAUAUUCUGAGUAUGCUUGCUUACUUACAUUUCUGUCUGCAGGUGAAAGAGACUGAGAAAAGAGAAGCAAAAUAAAAAUGAAGGAACAUUUUCACUAGCAAUAUUGGCUUCACUGGGCUUUGCUGCAGAUAAAUCUGCUGAUGACUUGAAUAACAAAAGGAAGCUCAAACUAUGAUGAAUCAUUUGCUCCGUAUUUUCAUUUGUCUGGUUUUGUCUUGACAUUUGCUCCUGUUGUCUCCGUGCAGUAUCUCUCGCGGGGUUUGCAGGAAAAAGGGUUUUGCAAGCUUUCUUUUGAUGGUUGCCUCUCACUGAAGGAUCCUCCGCACCUUUUAUUUCUUUAGCAAAGAAAUAAGAACUACCUUGCUCCUGUGUAAAUGCUCUCGUCUUACAGCAGAUAAAGCAAACACCCUAAUAUUCGCAGUACAUUCUUGUUUUAUUUAUGCUGACACCUGCAUGGGCAUGUGUCUUGCUGUAGAGUAAACAUAUACUGAAGAUUCGCUGAUAAUUAAAAUCUUGCCAUUGAUAAUGGCAACUCAACCCUAAGAAAAGUUUUUGCUUCAGGG